AUGGGCAACGGCGCCUCGCUCGACCUCGACCCGAACAUUAGUGAGGAGAAGCUCCAGAAGAUUGCGCGAGUGUGGGAGCUGUUCUUCGAGAACGCGCAAAAACGCGUCGCCGCGCGGGAAGCCUGGUUAGCAGACCCCGUUGGUUUUAACACGCACUAUAACAAAGUCGUGACGUCGCCCAAGAAUGCCAACAGGAGGCAGGCGCCUCCCUACAGUCCGGGGCCCCGGAAGGAGUGGCGCUCCAAAGUCUUGGACGACGACGUUCCUUCAGCUAGAAGCCCUUCUGUGAGACGAGAGAAGACGCCCUCGCCUCCAAAGACGCCCGUCCAACAGUAUACGGUCGAAUGGGACCCGAAACAAAAUGCCGUGUUCUACGAGCCGCAUAGCUACAAGGGUCCCGCGCGCUGGAAGCUACCGGCCAAUGCGGAGAUUGUCGGAGAUCGCACAGCGGGCUGGACGCGGUGCUGGGACGAUUCUAAUAAAGCACAUUUCUACCGCCCGCCCAACGGUGGCACGGCCUGCUGGAACGCGCCUUCUGCUCUUAAAAAAGCAUUGGAUGAAGCGGAAUUUACCGAGCAUUUUGACCCUGAAAGUGGGAGGACCUAUGUCUUGUCACGAAUCACGGGCAAGACGGAGUGGGUUACCAGCAGUUUGUUUGAUGCCCAGCCGCGGUGGUGUCGCGUCGUCAACGAGAGAGGUAAAAGGUGGUUCGAAGACGAGACUACUGGACAUAUCUCGCGAGAACCCCCUCCAGGUGUAUACGAGUCGGACUGGGUGCGCGUCGCGGCCAAGCCGCCUUAUUACUUGCAUGAGCCGACUUCCUUUGUCUGCUGGAACCGGCCGUGGAUUCGAGCACGGAAGCGCUUCGUGCGAGUGGGAAGUUGUCGGUCCGCCGGUAGUACGGAGUCGACGUCGGACGACUACUUCUACAAAGAUUUAGCGACAGGACAAACCCAGUGGGACGCGCCCGAGGACGUCUUGUGCCGGGGCUGGGUCGAGUGCUGCACGGACGAUCCCGUCGACCCGCCGUUCUACUACGAGCGGAAGAGUGGGCGGAGCGUGUGGGUGCCGCCGUGGGCGUAA